CCCCACCUCCCCUUCACCCCCUCUCCCUAGACCCUCAGCCCUUUGAAGUGUCCUGUGGCUGGGGUAGUCCAGGUGUUGAGUCUGACCUAGGGAGCACUGCCUUUUUACAGGAGCACUGCCUGUUUGCCCCCCACCUCCCCUUCACCCCCUCUCCCUAGACCCUCAGCCCUUUGAAGUGUCCUGUGGCUGGGGUAGUCCAGGUGUUGAGUCUGACCUAGUGGAGCCUGCUGCCUGUUUGCCCCCCACCUCCCCUUCACCCCCCUCUCCCUAGACCCUCAGCCCUUUGAAGUGUCCUGUGUCUGGGGUAGUCCAGGUGUAGAAGUGUUGGAUAGUUCCAUUUGUUUGAACUUUGACAGAAGCAACAGCCCCAAAGUACCAUAGCUCUAUGUAACAUAUUUCUGACACGUCGGCUGUUCAGGGUGUCACACUGCAGACGUGGAGCCCCCUUUGAUCUUUCCCUCCUUCCCAGAAACCCAUCCUCCACUGAAGUCAGCUGUACAGGUAGAACAGUCCUGCUGUAGGACAACAGUAGAACAACGGCUGGUAGUUGCUAGGGGGACUGCGAGGUCGUGGGAGGAACAACUCUGGGGAAAACAUUCUACAGUGACACUUAGCCGCUGACCUGGUUGUAGGACAUGUAAAUAUGUGUUGGGAAUGACCAACGCUAUCAAACGCAUAUUUACACUUCAAUUAGAAGACCGUACAGUAGAUUGAUUUACUGGUUGUAGGACAUGUAAAUAUGUGUUGGGAAUGACCAACGCUAUCAAACACAUAUUUACACUUCAAUUAGAAGACCGUACAGUAGAUUGAUUUACUGGUUGUAUUAUUUACUGCAGCAGUGCAGUCUUUUUACUGCCCGCUCUCUAUUCUAACUUAGUAAACAAGAAUGUUUUCACCUCCGUUCAUGCUUUUCAUCUAGUCUUCAGUCUUUAUCAAGGUUGGGAUGUGUUGUUGAUAUCUUUACUAUCUCUGUCUCUCUCUCCCUCUCCACGUCCCUUCAACCACUCUCCAUUCCAUAUACACCCCCUCAACCUAACAGUCUGGUCUCCUCCCACCCAAGCAGACCCAGGCGUGUGUCUUCAUGGGGAUGUCAGACGGUCUGGUGGCAGUGUACUCUCUAAUGGAUGACAUGCCUGUGGAAGGAGAGACCUACCUGUGUUCUCUCUCCCUCUCCACGUCCCUUCAACCACUCUCCAUUCCGUUUACACCCCCCCAACCUAACAUUCUGGUCUCCUCCCACCCAAGCAGACCCAGGCGUGUGUCUUCAUGGGGAUGUCAGACGGUCUGGUGGCAGUGUACUCUCUAAUGGAUGACAUGCCUGUGGAAGGAGAGACCUACCUGUGUUCUCACACCCUCAAUAUGACCAUGUUUGGGAUGGAGGACUCUGACCCCAGACAGAGACCCUACCCAGUCAGGAGCAUGGUCCUGGUCCACAGUGGAUCCCAGCUGUGGUACUCCCAUGGUCCAGGCCUGCUGGUGAUCGACUGCCGGACCCUCCAGGCGGUGCAUCGUCUGGACCCCUACGACCCACCAUCCUCCAUACAGGCCCUGGCCUCCAGCCCCUGUCUGUGGGGGGAUGAGGCGGUGUGGACCCUGGACGACCACACCAACACCCUGCAGCUGUACCACGCUGCCACCUACCAGCUCUGUGCCACUUACAG